CAACAACAACAACAACAACAACAACAACAACCAAUACCCAUACUGCCUCCAUACCUCUCACCACCAGAUGCCUCAACGCCUCGGAAUAACGAGCAUAUCUUCGUACGUUAUCCAUACUCUGUGUAUUUGCCAGUUUGCUGACAUUUAUAGACAUUACGGCAUGUCUUCCACCAUGGUGACCUCAACCGCCCCACAGUUCACAGACGACAUGAUGUACCGAAGACCGCGCAACACUUGUGGAUAGAGUCAGAAGAGGGGAAUGUGGAGAAAGUCAACAGACCGCUGGUUGUACGGACAAGCCCUCUCAAGAUUCAUCGAUUAAAGGAUGCGCGUCCCUCAGUUGUAGACCCUAUGGUGGCGGCAGCAAGACAGUAUUCAGAUGUAUGGUCUUCGUCGCCCGAAGCAUGGACGAUGGAUGAAGUGCAGGGUCCAGAUGUCACCAAUAUGGAAACGAUAUUGACAUUUGCCCAAAUGGCAGCGAAUGCAUAUGUUGAUGCACCGGACACUGGUGACUGGAAAGAUGUUAAUGGGGGAUUCAACCGGACGAACGAUGUGGGGUUUGGCUGGGAUAGUGACGGUCUUCGAGGAUAUUUAUACGGAAAUGAGGACAACUCGACGAUAGUCAUUGGGCUGAAAGGGACAACUUUGGCUAUCUGGGAUGGAGAUGGGACCACUACAAACGACAAGGAGAACGAUAACCUCUUCUUCAGCUGUUGCUGUGGCCAACAAGGAAGCACUUUCUACCGCCAGGUUUGCGACUGUGCCACAGGCACUUAUACUUGCAAUUUGACUUGCUUGAAGAAGAGUCUAAAGAAGGAGAAUCGAUACUACGCCGCUGCUCGAAGCUUGUACAACAAUGUCACGGCCAUGUACCCGGACUCUGAAGUGUGGAUGUCUGGUCACUCUCUUGGAGGUUCUGUUAGCGCUAUGAUCGGGUUGACUUAUGGUAAGCCUGUGUUGACCUUCCAAGCAGUCCCGGAUGCUUUACCAGCAAAUCGACUUGGCCUUCCAGUUCCGCCUGGAGUGGACCCCGACAGACCGGGGCAGCGAGAAUACACUGGAGCUUUCCAUUUUGGCCAGAAUGCUGACCCAAUUUACAUGGGCACCUGCAAUGGAGCAACGGCUUCGUGUUCUUAUGCAGGAUAUGCACUGGAGAGUGCAUGCCAUACCGGAAGAGAGUGUGUAUUCGAUGUGGUCAAUCUCAACGGCACGAGGGUUUCGAUCAUCACCCACAAGAUCAUCUAUGUUAUUGAGAACGUGAUCAAGAAAUGGACAAAGGCACCGGAGUGUAAAUUCACACCCGAGUGUUAUGAUUGCCCUCUGUGGAAAGAAGUUACUGGCAAUAGUAGCAAGACUUCGACCGAACCGUCUUCAACUUCGACCAAAACCAGGACACGGACAUCGACAUGUCAAACCCCUGGAUGGUGGGGCUGCUUGGACGAGACAACGACCACAACAGGAACAACUACCAGCACCAGUACCACAACUACGUCUACAUCGACAUGUAAGACUCCAGGAUGGUUUGGUUGCAACGAUGAGAAGACUACAACAACCACUAGCACUAGUGUCAGCUCGCCUACGCCAACCAAAACAACAACAUCCACAUCUACAUCCACGUGCGAGACACCUGGUUGGUUUGGAUGUAAUGAUCCCACUUCCACAUCACCGGCUUCAAAUAACCCAACCUCAACACAUUGUGAAACACCUGGUCUCUUCUGGGGUUGCGAUGAUAUUACGACUACCCAGUCACAUACCAUCACAUCUCCCCCACCAAUGCCCACGUCGACAACACCACCGACUACGACUACCCACUCAUGUACUUCGAAAGAAUGGUUCGGGCUGAUAUGCGUUGAUCCAUCCCCUACUUCCUCAUCCAAACCAUCCCACACUCCAGGUGGAAAGUCACACUGCGUCAGACGAAGUUUCUUUGGGUUCUGUAAGGAAUGGGAAGGGCAAGCCAUGAUUAUGAAAGAAGAAAUCUAGAUUGUAUUUAUGACUUAAAUGGGCACGAAUGCCAGCAGAGUAACACGGGCGUUUAUUUGGGCACUGUCAAGGCGAGUGACAAUAGGCGCAUCGGUUUAGCAUUAGGAGUUCAGCGAACAAUUCAUUCAAGACAU